UUGCUUUGGUUUGUUGGAUCUGUUCUCCCAACUUUUCUACUACCACACAAAGGAGAUAGAAGCGGGUAAGAAUCAACUUCCCUUUGCGCUGUCGAGUCUGUUUCUGCAACUUCGUUCUGAAGCCAAGGUGGUCACCCACAAGGAAGUGAUGGCUUUCCAGAAGAACCAUUCACUACUUCUAUUCUUGUUCCUGACCCUGCUGGGCCUAGGACUGAUACAACCCUCAGAUGGCCAGUCUUACAUGUACCAACGAUUCCUGAGGCAACAUAUGGACCCUGAAGGAACAGGUGGCAGUGAUGGAUACUGCAACUUGAUGAUGCAAAGACGGAGGAUGACUUCUCCUCGAUGCAAGCCUGUCAACACCUUCAUUCAUGAAAGCAUCUGGGAUAUAAACCGUAUUUGCAGCAGUCCCAAUAUCCAGUGUAAAAAUGGCAAUAUGAACUGUCAUGAGGGUAUAGUGAGGGUGACAGACUGCAGGGAGUCAGGGGCAUCCAGGUCCCCAAACUGCAGAUAUCGGGCAAGAACUAGUACCAGACGUGUUAUCAUUGCCUGUGAUGGUUACCCAAGUAUGCCUGUGCACUUUGACCGAUAGAUAACUCUUCACAGGAAUUAUGUCCAGUAAUGACCUUAAAUGUGUUUCCUAAAAAGAAACGAGUAUUGCAUUUGAACUA